ACCGUCCGUCUGUAAAUGUUACCCAAACACAAGGCCACAAGGACACACUGUUGCCAGCUUCCCGUGCUGUGCCCUACGAGCUCCUCCGUGCGCCCCUCGCCGCUGCCACCCGCCGGGCACAGCCGGGACUCGGGCCCGGCCCCCGCUCUCCUCCCUUCCGCCCUCCCCGAGCCCGGAAGCGCACGGUGGCCGCCCCAAAGGGCCCGGCCCGGCCCGGGAGCCGCCACGGGAGCCGCUCGCAGCGCCGCGGCCGCCGCCGCCCGCCCGCCGCCCCCGGGGCAGCCCCCGGCCCCGCAGCUGACGCCGCUGGAGAGGCGCAUCGUGGAGCUGCACCGGGAGGCGGCUGCGGCAGGACGGCAGACAUACGUGGACCCGGCCACGGGCUACCAGGUGUUCACUGAAGUCGCCCACUUGCAGAGAGGUAAAUGCUGUGGCUCUGCGUGCAGACACUGUCCAUAUGAGCAAGUUAACGUAAAAGACCAGUCGAAAAAGAAGCGCUUCAACUCUUAUUUCUAUGUGUGACCAUGAACACCUUUGCACUCAGCCAGGACAGCUGCAGGACAUGAGCACACCUUGUAGCUCCGGGUGGCUGCCACCAGCAGCACUGUCAUGUGCUGUGCCUGCAGCCAGCGCACAGUGACUGCACCUUCAUUGCAAUAAAGCACAAACUGAACCGUG